AUGAGCGACCGCAGGACGUCGCUCCUGAUGGAAUCUUCCGCAGAGCUGACCACAGAGGUCUCUCCGCCCAUAGUCCCCGUAAGGGACGAACCUGCAUCAUGGACGACAUCGCAGGGCGACGACGGCGAAGGCGGCCUAGGGACACUGGAAGACGAUGGAGAUAUGCAGGACUCGGACGACCCUGACACCACGGAUAACUUUGAGCAGGAUCCAGACGAGAGUCAGGAUCAAGAUCAUGAGGAAGAGGAAGAUGACGACUUGGAAGCAAAGAUGGAUGAACUAUACCAUCAACUCCAAGUGGAAACGAAGGCAAAGGAAUCCGCCGAAAGCUUGCUAGAAGUGUACCGGAGCAGAGAUGUUGGCAAUGCAGGAAAUAACAAAUUGAGGAAUCAGGUUGAGCAAGAGUUACAAGCUACUAUUGAGCGGAUUGCCGAGAUUAAUCUCCAGCUAGACUUUUACAAACAACGAGCAUUCGACCCGCCCUCGUUCGGUUACCUUCCGGAGCAAGCUCUGAAGGAUUCUCAACAAUCCAUCCCAGUAUUAGCGAGAAGGAGCCAUUCCAACUCUUUCUCUACAAGCGACUAUGCCGACAACGAAGAAGAUCGGCAAAGCAUACACUCAGCAGUAGUGGAUAUUGUGAGCUCUUUACGCAACUUGCUGGAUUUGCCAUCGGUUAGAUUGGAACAUCUCUCCAAUUUAGUGAAUAUAUUGAAGCAAAACCAGCAUAUACAUCCAGGAUACCCAACGCAGGAGCUCGUAUCAUGUCUGCGGCUCUGUUUAGCAAGCACUGUCAGAGAGAUUCGGUUGAACGCAUAUCGCUGCCUACGGCUUCUUUCAGGAACCGGACCCAUCGGACCAUUACUGACAACGCACAAAAUCGACAUGUUUAUCGUGAAGUCACUCAUGGCUGACCAUCGUAUGGAAUCUGAGAGGAUAGAGGCGCUGAAGCUGGUUAGAUGCUUUGUUACGACAAAGGAGGGUAUGCAGUAUAUUUCCGACGGUAUUAUGCGAGCAGUGAUCGCUAUUGCAGAGCAAAACGACGAGAAAUUACGAAACGCCUGCUUGGAAACACUUGGAGAAAUGGUUAUGUCGGAUCCAAAACCGGUUGCACGCUGUGGAGGAUUUAGAGCCAUAUUGGUGGCAUUGACGGAUAGUCUUCAGGACUUGUCGGAUGCUCUUCUCAAAGUGUUCCUGUAUAUGUUGGAGAGCCCCGAAACUCGAAUAUACGUAAGGCAAGGCCUGGACUCGGAGAUGAUCAUGGCGGUCUUCACGGACAUCUACUCCCAAGGGCCUUCGUAUACCGACCGGGUUAAGGCAUCUGGACGCAUUAUCGCAGCAAUGAUUCGAUCUUGGGCUGGGCUGUUCGACCUUUGUACGAACGACAAGCGCGCUAUUCGUUCUUUGGUUCAGUCCAUCAAGUUGCCGAUCCAGGAAAACAGGAAAGUACUGCUGGAUAUUCUUUACGAGAUAUUUUGGAUACAGACGCCGAGAUGGCUCAAGGACUUCCUGGACGGCAAAAACAUCAAACCAACCCAGGAGGAUCUGGACAGUCAUUGGGGAUCGAACUUGGAGCCACUGGGAUUGAUGGAUCAUCACCAGAGCGUUGUCUUGACAGUCUUUAUCGAUGCAGGCUUGAUAGAGGCUCUGAUUUCCCUAAUAGCCGAUGAUACGCUCACAAGAGCUGGAGAUGCUGAGGCUAGAAAGUUGCUCAGGAAAGCAACGUUAUUGAUUCCCGAGCUCAUGCAGCUCGCGUGCAAGGUCUUACCACCGGACAGAUGUACCCACAUCCAGUCACUGCCAUCGCUGUUUCAAGUUGCGACGAACUUUGAAGACCCUGUGCUCCGUCAUACUGCUACAAGCGCCUUCCGGUUUAUUGACACUUUAAGCCGGACAUCAAAGGGAAUGGCCGCAGAACGGCUGUACGAUGGCCAUGAGCAGAGGCACUUGGAUCGAAUCAAGCAGCGGAUAGGGACUCAAUUGGAUGACACCAGUUUUCGAUCUCUCUUGAACGAUACUCAGGUCCUUGCAACAAAGGACGUCUCGAAGUGGCGUUGGAAUCUGAUAUUGGAGAUUAUUCAAGGCCCAAUGCUCAAUCCCAGAAGACUUGAUGAGGCGAUUCGUGGCACAAAGUUCUCAAAGCGGCUUCUUGCGUUCUACAGACCUCUAAAUCACCACUACUCAAGUCAGCCAGCCAGUGAGCUUCAUCAAUCCUACACCAAGAUAGGGUGUGCACUUUUCGAAACCUUGGCAAUUAGCACGGAGGGAGCGAAAUACUUGGCGCAGAACAAGAUUUUGCGGCUCAUUGCAGAUGGUCUUGCACAGUUGGACCCGAUGAAGGGUCACCCAGCAUCUGACCCUAUUUUCUCAAGGGAGAAAAUGGAGACCACGUUGACCUCGGGUUACUUUGAGAUGCUGGGGACGCUUUGUAAAACUCGCAGUGGUGCAAGACUGCUGGAGAAAUUUAAGAUCUUCAAUUUAUACUACCGGUUAAGUGAACUCCGGAGUCGCGACGACAUUGUAAAAAAGAUCAUCACCUCGAUGGACUAUAGCAUAGAUGACCACCCUCGCGUCAUUUUAUCGAAGAUCAUGACCUCGGGCUACAAACAUAUCCGACUUUACGCCACGCAGCACCUAGGAACCGUCAUAAAGAAUGAUCGAAAUGAAUUCAACGACUGGGCCAUCCGGCUCUUAUGUACACAGCUCUGUGACCCUUCUUUGGACGUCUGCCACAUGGCUGUUCGAGCACUGGACGAUGCUUGUGCUCAGCGGAAGAAUCUGGAUUUUCUCAUACGACUUCGGCCAAAUCUGGAUCAUUUAGGCGAAGCUGGCAAUCCACUCCUGCUACGAUUUUUAUCAACGUCUAAAGGAUUUCACUACCUCCAGGAUAUGUCGUAUAUCGAAGGAGAGAUGGAUGACUGGUUCAUGUUCGCAAACAGACAGUACAUGAUUCAAACCGAAGUCAAGUUGGCGAAAGCGAUGGAGCUGCAGCGGUUCAACCCUUUUUCAGAAGACGGAAAGUUUGAGAAUGAGGCAGAGCUUCAACUGGGACGCGCUAGGCAGGUGCUCACACCUCAUUUCUAUGGAGAACUGACAAGGACUGAGGAAGGAUGCGAACUUUUGAGAGAGAAAGGCCACUUUUCUGAUUACGCGCGCUACAUUCGGGAACACUGUGCAGAAUCCAAGGACUCGACCGUCAUUAGCGAACUGAAGUCGAUUUUAUGGGCAGUGGGAAAUAUUGGAUCGACUGUGGGUGGUCUGCCAUUUCUAGAGGAAGAAGACCUGAUCAAGUAUAUCGUCGGCAUGGCAGAGCGAUCCAAAGUACUCUCCUUGAAGGGAACAUGCUUUUUUGUUCUGGGACUGAUGUGUAAAACCACGCAAGGUAUCGAGACCCUGGAAGACUACGGCUGGCAGGGAAUACUACAUCGUGACCGGACGCCGCGAGGAUUGUGCCUACCUAAGGACUUGGAUCGGUUUUUGGAGGUGCCUAGAUGGGAUCGAUACAGGGAGGAUGUCCCUCGAGUGGUCAUUCCUUUAACCAGUGAAGGGGAUAUUGUGGAGAAAGAGGUUCUGAAGGCUACAGGAGAGCUAGGCAACCAUAUUCUGACAAACGGCGCCUCCAAGAACUUGGCCAAAAUCAAGGCAGAACAUCCGACGUAUUUCGCCGAUCUAAAUCUAUACAGCGCUGUGCUCGAUUUGCUCUCACAUUAUCACUUCAGGCUCCCUGUCCGGCGCUUCAUCCUAGGUCUUUUUGAUGUGAAGUUCGAGGUCUGCGUAUGGGACCGACAGGACCAGGAAACGACGGAAGUUAUGACGCGUAGCAGCUUCGACAGCCCUUCAAGAGUGGUGGGGUUAGGCGACACAUAUUCAGGUGCGCCUCGAUCUAGUAUGACACUUGAGACGCGUCAAGGACUGCCAGGGCCUCCUGGGCUGAUGCUAUUCUCACCCUCAUCACAGCCACCAUCACUGUCAUCUUCGCCGUCAUUUACAAGAUCCUUGACGUCGUCAUACACAGCAGCGCAAGCACCACAGAGCUCAGCCUAUAUCACCAGGGAUGGGUCCUCCGGCAGCAGACCACAGCUGUUUCUAGAUGAAUUCAACAGCAAGAAGUCGAAAGGAAAGACGAGCUUGCCAAGACUAGGACGGACUUCUCAUGAGUUGGAUGCGGAACUGUCGCCAACGCUGACAUUGUCGCAGCCCCCGAUUCCGCCUCCACGACCGCCGCCUCAUGCGUACGAGAUUCUCUAUACCAACAAACCCUAUCACAAGAACUUUGCGAAGGAGGCAGGUCUGGCACCGCUGCCGCCGCGGGUUAAGGUCGCGGUGGCGAGCGUGGAGGAUGGAGAUCCGAUGGUGAUGGAGGCACGGCAGUCGACAUGCAACGGAGAGGCCGAGGAGCGGUUGCAUUGA